CAUCGCUGAGGCUCUCAGGCAGACUUGUUGCUGCCGGCGAGACGACACUUGGAGCCGCUGCGGGCUGCACACGCAGUGCCAGCUCUCGAGGACAGGCGUGGCAACGCGUCCCAGCAGUAGAACAGGCGAGCCGUCGCCACCAGCCGCGCGCGCCGCCGCUUUGGAGUGAAACACACUGCUACCGCAGCUACAAUGAGGCGGGUAGCGGCGCUAGCCGCAUUAAUAACCACGGCCACCGCGGCGACCCCGAAGUUCGAGGACAAGUGGGAGAAGUUCUGCGGCGUGCCCGACUGCUACACCGAGCUCGGUCUCUUCCCGAACGCGACGAAGGCGCAGAUCCGACGAGCUUACCGAAGCCUCAGUCUCGAGUUCCACCCGGACAAGAACCCCGGUGAUCAGAGGGCAUUAAGGAAGUUCAACCGCGUCGCGCGGGCCAACGAGGUGCUCACGGACGACGAGCAGCGCAAAAAAUUGGACUACUACACGGAAAACCCGUCCGAGUACUGGUCGCUGUAUGGUACCUUCGUCGACUUCUCCUACGCUCCUAAAACCAGUCUGAAGGGUGUCCUUUUCAUCCUACUAGUGUUCGCGGCAUUGGUCCAGCCGGCGCUCCAAUAUAGCAAGUACCAGGAGUACACCAAAGCUUUAGUGAAAGCAGCAUUAGCGAGAGCGCCCGAAGGUGCCGUGUUCCGGAAGGAGGCCGACGAGAUUGUGGCCGAGGAGAGCAAAAAGCGAAAGAAGGGCAAAAAAACAAAAAUGACGUCCCAAGAGGAAAAGGCGUUUCUCAAGGAAACGUUACAGAAAUUAGUCGCCAAAUCAGAGCUACCUGAUGAGUACGCCUUUCCCUCGUUGAGAGACAAUUUAUUCGUCAAGGUCGCUCUGUAUCCUCUCAGCAUGUUCAAGUCCGGGGCUAGAUCUUCGGAGCUGAAGAAGAAGAUCGCCUCUGGUCAAGUGCUGGACGCCGACGAGGCCCAGGAGGUCAUCGAGGGCUACUUAGGAGGUGCGGAUGCCUGGGACGCGCUGUCCGGGAGCGAGCAGCACAAGUUGCUCUCCACAAAAUGCUACCUCAAGGAGAACUUCGACAAGUGGCAGUCGACGCGACAGGAAGCCGCGUCUCCCCUAAAAGCGUCCACCAAACGCGAGAUCCGCCAGCGCAAGAAGGGCGCGCCGGCGUUCGUCAUGGACGAGUAG